AUGCUGAUAGACAAUGGCGUCGGAUGUGUAGCGAUGAUGCGAGCCUUCACUCUCAUCCCGACUGAUGAAUAUGUCACCAAACUCAAAGAAAUCCUCCAAGAUAAGACCAAAUUCCAGAUAAUAACCAGCAACCCAACUGGAGAUAUCAAGAAGAAAGUCAACCGUAUAAUUGAUGCUGUUAAUGCUAAAAAAGGCAGAAUUCACCUGGAAAAGGUCCAGGGCAUAGUGAAAACGACUAAAACUGAAGUGGUUCAUAAAGAAGAGUACGCCACAACACACACAAUCUUGCCAGAUCAUAAUUUGGUUGACCAGCUUCCUGAGCGUAAUGUCAUCAACGUGCAUUUGGCAGAUGGUUCACUCAAGCUGUCAAGGUCCAGUAAUUAUCAGACAUGUCUACCGGCUGACAAGGAUGGCGGAGCUGUGGCAGGAACCAGCGAGGAUGGCGGAGCUGUGGCAGGGACAGGCAAGGAUGGCGGAGCUGUGGCAGGGACAGGCAAGGAUGGCGGAGCUGUGGCAGGAACCAGCAAGGAUGGCAAAGCUGUGGCAGGAGCCAGCAAGGAUGGCGGAGCUGUGGCAGGAACCAGCAAGGAUGGCAGAGCUGUGGCAGGAGCCAGCAAGGAUGGCGGAGCUGUGGCAGGGACAGGCAAGGAUGGCGGAGCUGUGGCAGGGACAGGCAAGGAUGGCGGAGCUGUGGCAGGAACCAGUGAGGAUGGCGGAGCUGUGGCAGGGACCAGCAAGGAUGGCGGAGCUGUGGCAGGAACCAGCGAGGAUGGCGGAGCUGUGGCAGGGACCAGCAAGGAUGGCGGAGCUGUGGCAGGGACAGGCAAGGAUGGCGGAGCUGUGGCAGGAACCAGCGAGGAUGGCGGAGCUGUGGCAGGGACCAGCAAGGAUGGCGGAGCUGUGGCAGGAACCAGCGAGGAUGGCGGAGCUGUGGCAGGAACCAGCGAGGAUGGCGGAGCUGUGGCAGGAACCAGCGAGGAUGGCGGAGCUGUGGCAGGGACAGGCAAGGAUGACAAAGCUGUGAUAAGGGACAAGGAAAGGUUGUCAUAG